CCCGUGGUAGCGGUCUGUCUCAAACCGGGUGCUGCUGGAUGCUGUUUGGCAUAACGCAAAUUACACGAGAAACUUAGACACUGUGUCGUAGAUGAUUAUUACGUGUCGAAAUUUGGGCGGAGGAGCCUCCGAGAGAGAAGACACUCCCGUGACCUUAAGAGUAUCAGCAUUUAGCUAGCACAACAAAGUCAGCCUCUUUGUGGUAAAAUAUUUCAUUCGACGGGGGUGACGGCAGGUAAAAGAAUGCUAAAGCUGUUUUUAAGACAUGCCCGUCGCUUUCCGUGGGUUACCAACGUGACACUGUACGGGUCCCUGUUCGCCGGGGGGGACUUCGUCCAUCAGUGGUUCUCUGGAAGGGAGAAAAUCGAGUGGAGACAAACACGCAACGUCGCUGUGGUUGCGUUUGGUUUCCAUGGCAACUUCAAUUUUUUCUGGAUGCGUUUCCUGGAGAGGAGAUUUCCCGGGAACUCCGCCGGGAUGGUGAUGAGGAAGCUGUUCCUGGACCAGACGACGGCGGCGCCCCUGGCCACCAGCGUCUUCUACACAGCUGUCAGUUUCUUGGAAGGCAAAGAGGACAUCAUGGAAGACUGGAGAGAAAAGUUUCUGAAUACUUAUAAGACAGGGCUAAUGUUCUGGCCAUUCAUGCAGUUUCUGAACUUUGCCUUGGUGCCUCUGUACGUGCGGACCACCUUCACUGGCUGCUGUGCCUUUGUCUGGGCCACCUUCCUGUGCUUCUCACGUCAGACCGGUGACGGCACAGCUGGUGCUGCUCUGGCCUGGAUUUUUCCCCCUGAAGACAAUGAAGGAGAAUCUGCAAAAGAGAAAGUAGAAUCUAACGACAAGGUGGAUGCUCCCAACAAGGGAACAACAUCAUUUAAACCCAUGCAGUAGCAGAAUCAGUCAUUUUUAUGGAAGGCGACAAAACAUCAGCUAAGCCAAUGGACUGCGGCCUAGUUCAGCUGAUGUUUUACUAACACUGCCAAGGUCAUAGGUCAAAGACUCACUGAGGUCAGACUGAAAAUGUGUAUCCUCAUGAUGCUGCACAGUGCAAAAAGCCUCCAGCACAUUGAAUGUAAAUGCAGUAUAUUUUUAUUAUUUAUGCAGCAUGGCGGCUCUGUCAGUCCUACUUAUCCAUACCACAGUGAAUUAUGACCAUUGGCUCUUUUGUUAAUUUUUUAUAAACACAGCCAUGUUUUUUUAUUUACAGGUGAGGUCCCUUUCUUUUUAAAGCUUGAACAUGAUUUAUGAGGUCUUCUGUCAUAUGAUGGUGUCAGAAGUUGAGAUGAUGAGGUGAUUUACAUCAAAGUGAAAAACUGAAUAGUGUAAAAAAAAAAAAAGAAUUUCCACCAUGUGGAGUGGCAGCUAAUUUAUUAGCUUAGACUUUUUAUUAAUAGUAAAGUGAUGGAAGGCUUCUGAAUUGGUGACCUCAGAAUCUCAUCUCUGCUUUGUGUGGAUGAUGUGGUCCUGUUGGCUUCAUCAGGUGGUGGCCUGAAUGUGAACAGGCAGGUAUGAGAAUGAGCAUCUCCAAAUCUGAGGCCAUGGUUCUCAGCUGGAAAAGAGUGGAGUACCGACUCUGGGUCAGAGACGAGUUGCUGGACCAGGUGGAUGAGCUUAAGUAUCUCGAGGUCUUGUUCAUAAGUGAGAGGAGACGGGAGCAGAAGAUUGACUGACGGAUUGGGGCUGCGGCUGCAGUGAUGCAGACGCUGUACUGGUCGGUCAUGGUGAAGAGAGCUGAGCGUAAAAGCGAAGCUGUCAAUUUACUGGACAAUCUCCAUACCUACCCUCACUUAUGGUCACAAGCUUUGGGUAGUGACCGAAAGAACAAGAUCAAGAUACAAGUGGUGGAAAUGAGUUUCCUCCGAAGGGUGGAUGGCCUCUCCCUGAGAGAUAGGGUGAAGAGUGCAGUCAUUCGAGAGGGGCUCAGAGAAGAGCCGCUGCUCCUCCACAUUGAAAGGAGCCAGUUGAGCUGACUAGGACACCUUAUGGGCAGCACCUCUUGGGUGAGAUGUUCCGGGUAUGUCCUAUCGGGAGGAGGCCCUGGGGUAGACCCCAAACACACUGGAGAGAUUAUAUCUCUUGGCUGGCCUCAGAAAACCUCAGUGUUCCCCAGAUAAACUGGAGGAGGUGGCUGGGGAGAGGGAAGUCUGGGUUUCUCUGCUUAGGCUGCUGGCCCCCGAUACCUCGCCACAAAUAAACGGAAGACGAUGGACAUUUAAAUCUCAGGUUAAGCUUUUAUCAUUGCCUGAUCUCUAAGAAGUACCUGCAAUGCUUCCAGUUUACAUUUUGGUACAAGAUGUGCCAAAUACACACAGAGAUACGCAGGUACCAGUUAGGCUUGUCACAAUAUGAGAUUUGUACCUGAUGAUCAUAAAAAUAAUUCACAGAUAUUAUUGUAGCAUCUAUAGAAAAUGUUUAUUAAUAAAUUAAUAAUUAAAUUCAAACUAUAAGAAAGUCUGUAACCAUAGCUGUACAAAAAGGAAAUUUAAAAACAACUACAAAAUGAUCAUCUGUGGCACACUAUUGCCAAGACAUGGUUAUCAUGACACUUUUAGUACUAGCAAUAUUAUAAUAUGCCUUUGUGUUAUCAAUUUAUAGGUAGGUCAUUUUUACAUAAGAACCCUAUGAAUCCAUACUGUUCAUAAUACUGUACCAUCCAAGCACAAGAAAAAUGUCAUCAAUACUAAAACUGGAAAUACAGUUUUGAUUUGCACGUUUUCAACCAUCUUUACAUUUACAUAUUGCAAUACUGAGAUGCUGUUAAAGGUUAGGCUGCAUUUUGUGUCUAAUAAUGACAGAUGCCGUUUGUCUCAAACAUCCAUUUACUUGAAAUGAUGAAAUGCUGCCUGCCUGUUUUUGUAACCUUUGUUAAUAUUAUAUCGCUGCACGGUCUCAGCCAUCUCUGUAAAUGUUAUAGAUGAACUUGCCUGCAUUGAAAAUGUAAAAUUAGACGCCUCCGUCAAGCAGAGGUUUUUAUAAAUAGAGUGCAGCUCGGUACAGGAGCAGUUUGUUAUGCUAUAUAUAGACUUUAAGGACAUACUUCUCUCUUCUGUUUCAUGCAGAUAAUUAACUUUUUCUUUCUCUUUCCAUGUACUACUGGAAUUCAUGGAGAUCUAGUUCUGCUUUUCUGGUAUGUUUAAGCGUAAGAUAUAGUUUGUAAUUAUUUAUUCAUUUUGAAUUAAUCAGAGUUAUAUGCUUGCAUGCACAGGCUACGUGAUUAUAAUAUUUGAUGUGUCUCACAAGACUAAAUUAUUGCUGUUAAUAUAUAAAACAUUGUGGGAACUGAGGUGCAGAGAAACAUUUUAAUCACUACAGCUGUCCCUUUUAUCAAAAAUCCUUGUGUACGCUUCUUAUUAAUAACUUACUUUUCCUGAUUAUGUGUACUGAUGUGCUACCCUGGAGCUGAAAUGUGAAAGUGAUGAAUAUUUGUUUUUUUUCUAUCUGUGUACUACUUUUCCACAGUCGGAAACUUUGGGUAUUUUUGACUGGUUUUAUUAUCACAGAGAACAAAUGGCUGUUGUUGACUGAAAAUGCAUCUAAUCUCAUUUGCAUUACUUGCACUAAUCACUGAACAUAUAAAUAAUAUUUGUUGAAUAAAUGGAAAACAUCCCAUUGA